GAGCCGUGACACCCAGAAAGCCCUCAGUGAGAGAGUGGCAGGUUGGACCAGGCCAGAGCCUGGACCUGGGGUCAGGAAGGGGUCCCAGGGAGGUAUGGAGGGGCCGAAAACCCUGGCCCCCUGUGGCCACUCCCACCCCCAGUGCCCCCAAUCCCCAGCUUCGAGCAGCCACGGAGGAUGCUUGGACCCACCCUGCCAAGGGUUUGUAAGGUGGCCCUGUCUGGUGCCUCUCAGCUCCACUCACUCAAUGGAGUCAGCCAGGCCUUUCCCAGCCCCAGGGGCAGGGGGCAGGGUGCCCCGGGUAGGCAACGAGGCCCCGGGUGGCUUUCGUGGAAGUGAAGAGGGAGAGAUGCAGCGGCAGAGACCGAGAGACCCAGCGGGGGCAAGACAAGGACAGAUGGAGGCAGGGCUGGGGUGGGGCUGGUCCCUGCACUCAGGACAAGAACAGGGGGCCCCCAGGCGGGGAGGCGGCCCCAGCUCAGGGCCUGUGGGGGCAGGGACCCCAGCCUCACCCAGGGCAGCCCCUUCCCAGCUCCAGAGUGUGCCCCUGGGGCCUGCAGAGCAGUCCUUCCUCCAGCUGGAGCAGGAGAACCAGAAUCUGAAAAGGCAGAACCAGGACCUGCGGGAGCAGCUGGGAGCCCUGCUGGGGCCAGGGCAGCAGUUCCUGCCCCUGUGCCCGGAGCACUCGAGCUGCACUGCCCUGGCCUGGCCCCCGGAGCAGGCCGGCCCCCGGCCCCCAGAGGACAGGCCACCCUUGCAGCUGCUGCGGCGGGAGCUGUGCCGGGGCGAAGAGGCCUUUGUGCAGCAGUCCCAGAACGAGCUGCAGCAGAUCCGACUGUCCUUUGAGAGGAAGAAGAUGGCCAUUACUGAGGUGUGGGAUGGCGUGGCCGAGGUACACAUGGCCCUGAAUAACCAGGCCACCGGGCUCCUGAACCUCAAGAAGGACAUCCGGGGCGUGCUAGACCAGAUGGAGGACAUUCAGCUGGAGAUUCUAGGGGAGCGUGCCCAGUGCCGUACCCAGGCCAGGAAGGAGCAGCACAUGGCAUGCAUAGCGAAGGCACGGCCACCACUGGGAUGUUCCGAGGGCCUCAGAGGCCAGUUCUGGCUGCUGGCCCUGAGGCUGCUGCUGGGUGCCCUGCUGGCCUGCACGGCCGCCUACGUGUACGUGGUGGACCCCGUGCCCUUCGAGGGGCUGGUGCCGCCCCUGCUGAGCCGCGCCGCCGUCUGGAAGCUCCGGGCCCUGCUGGGCCCGUUCCUGCGCCUCGAGGUGGACGACUUCCUGCCCUUCUAGGCCAGAGGCCCAGCGGCCCCAGGGAGGAGGAGGCCAGGCAGCCGGCGGCCCCAGGUGCCCAGCAGCUGUGCCGGCCCCUGCUCCCGCACUGCUGGGUACAGUCCCGGCCAGGAGCCUCUGAGAAGGGUGGCGGCGGGGUCUGUCCUGAGGGCUGGGCCUGAGGACAUAUAGUGGUGACACACGUGGUGUGUGAGCUUGUUUCCAUGGAAAUGGGGGGCAGGAGGCUUUGCCACCUUCUGAGACACAUCUCACAGGGGGGUCCCUCAGGGUGGUGCCCCCACCUCAGCCCCCACGCCCCAUUCUCCCACUGGACAGCCGCCCCUCCACAGGAAGCCCCCAGCCUGUCCCUGGCACCCGGGAGGGCUCUGAGCCAAGGUUGUCACAGGAGGGUCUCCACUGUGAGCACCAGGGGUCCUCAGGCCUCAUCCCUGCGGCAGGGCCCAACUGGGGGACCUCAGUGAUGAGGCCCUCAGCCCUGAAUCUGCUGGCCCACUGACCUCCCACCCCUCACGUAACCCCAGUCCCUGGCUGGCAGACCUCCCCACCCUCCCCACACCCACCUGGCCACUUUCCCGCCCCCCGGCCCCCCUGCUC